AUGGGUCUGCCAGAGGUGUCCUCCGAACAGAAGGAUCAACAGAAGGAUCCACAGAAAGAGGCAGAGGACAGCAGCUUUUCCUUGUCAGAGAAAAAGGCCAUCCCUGAGCACAAAAUCAGCGGGAUGAGGGGCCAGAUGACAAGGAAGUUGCUGGAGGCCAAGGCAGCUUCCCAGGAGAGCAGCUCCUCGGCCUCCAGUUCAGCCUCCUCAGAAAUUAUCUGCAAGCUGAUGUCCCAGAAGAGGUGGCAUCAGAGGACCAUGUGGACUGUCAAUCACAUUGAGGGAACAAAACUCAGGAUGAACAGGAGGAGAAAACCCAGUUACCGUCCUGAGGACCUAGAAGCAUUCUACCGACUUCUGGAAGAUCCCAUUAUUCAGAGCUUCCUGGAAGCUGACACUUUCCUCAAAGUGUCUGAUAAGUACCUGCUGUCCAUGGUGGUAGAAUACUUCGGCCGUGUCCAGCUGCCAGGAUCUCUCUACAACAGGAUCCACUUCUUCCUGGCCCUCUACAUCGCCUCUGACAUGGAAGAGGACAGCCCCACAUCCAAGCGCAGCAUAUUCCAGUUCCUGCUGGGCAAGGAGCACUGGACAGAGCUCUACAAGGAGUUCCUGAAGCUGAAGAUGGAGUUUUUCCACGCGAUGGAGUACCAAGCCUGGGUAACCCAAGAGCUGUGUGAGGAGAUCCAGGCCCAGAACCCACAUCACUGGGUCUGGAGUCGGGAGCGCCAGUGCGCCCCUUAG